AUGAAUUCGACGUAUACCAGAACUGGCACCGGAAUUGACGACAUGGAAAGGGCAAGCCAGCCAAGAACCAGGCUUCUAGAGGGUCCAAGUCCAAAGAACCCGAUUGGAAACCCGCCAUUACCAGGCUCGACAUCAUCUGGCGGGAACAAUUACAUCACGUACAUGGCAACAGAGUUGAAUGAUACGCUUACUCUGGCCUACAACUUUGCACGAUCAGCUGCUGUGGUAGAUGCAGGGAUAAUACCAACGAGAAAGAACACCACCUUUACUUUCGGGCAUCAGAUAAUUCAUUUCAACGAUACCAUCGGCCAUCGUCCUGAUUACGCUGCAUGGACUGCUGAAAACGCUGUCGCAACAAUUUGGUUUGGCAUGAAUGACGUACCUCGCAGCGUUCUCACGAACGGUAGCGGCAGUCGGGAACAAAGGCUGGUCGCUUCAAACCGACGAAUGUUCGAGCUGACAGAGAUCCUUUAUGAAAUUGGGAUCCGGAGUUUUGUUUUCAUUGAGUUGCCACCCCUGGAAUUAUUACCGGCACGGCAGAAAGCGAAACUCGAUCCCACCAGUCAAAAGGUUGAACAAUUCGUAUACGGUAAAACCCUUUGGAAUGAGGAACUUAAGAAAAACACUCUUCUGUUCCAGCAAACCCACGAUGACGCAAAGGUAGCAUAUAUAGAAGUAUGGGAUUUGUUCUAUCGGGCUUUCUUGCAUCCCUGGUCUCUUGGGGCAAGAACCUCAACUUGCAUCGACUCUCAUGGCAAGACCUGUCUAUGGGCCGAUCCAUGGCAUCCUGGGAGAAAGAUACAUCAACUUAUUGGGGCUAGAAUAGUUGAAAGAGCGUGGAAUAUGUCGCCAUUCAGCACGUAA